AUGGGACAUGGGUUGGGAAAAUGGAGGCUGAAGAGGAGAGGAGAUUGCAACCACGAAUCCAUUGCCGAAGAAGUAGAAGAUCUCAAGAACCUGGAGGAUGCGGCUUUUAAAUUAGUCUUGUCCUUCUUGCCGGACGUGUUUGAGAUGCGCUUCGCCAAGAUGCCGGAUGAACCAGAAGAACCUGUGAUUCCAGCUUCUUCUCCCGUGGUGGUGCCACCUCCCACCAAGGUGGCUCCUCCUUCGUCUAGCGACAGCAGCAGCGAUAGCUCUUCGGACAGCGACAGCUCGUCGGAUGACUCCGAGGAAGAGCGAGCUCAGCGGUUAGCGGAGCUCCAGGAACAGCUGAAAGCGGUGCACGAACAACUCGCCGCCCUCUCCCAGCCUCAACAGAACAAACCAAAGAAAAAAGAGAAAGACAAGAAGGAGAAGAAGAAGGAGAAGCACAAAAAGAAGGAAGAGCUGGAAGAUGCCAAGAAGAGCAAAGCCAAGGAACCGCCACCCAAGAAAGCCAAGAAAAGCAACAGCAACAGCAGCACCUCCAG